CUUUGUUGUGCUGCGAGUGUUAAAACCUCUGAUCUAUUCAAGCAGACACACUACACACUGCUUAACUGUUCGGUAUUGCUUACUGUUAGUAACUCUCCGAAUUUUACUGCGCUCAUCCGAAAUGAAACGCCAUCUCCUGAUUCUAUUCUUGGCCUUGAUGGCUAUUUCAGCUGAUCUGGUGUCGGGGCACGGUGCUACACGAAGAUCCUACGGACGUAGCCCGAAUAUGCCUGGGAAAUCAUGCAUGGAUAUUUUGAACAAAAACCUUUCUAUUCGUAACAAUGGCAUCUACUGGAUCAAGCUUAACGGUUACUCGGCGUUUCCGGUUUUUUGUGACAUGAAAGACGGAGGUUGGACAAUGGUGUUGAAGUUGGUAAGUGGCAGUGGGGAAGAUGUGGCUGAUUUAUGGGAGGCGCCCUUUGCCAUUCGUGAGUUUGACCAGCGGCUGCUUCACCUUAUGCCUGUCCACAACUGGCCUUACAAGAAUAAAAUUGUGCGUCAGUGGAACGUCUUCAAACCCGAGGAGGCGCGUGUUGUGUUGUACAAACGUGGUGCAAAGGUCCUGACUGUUGGCUUCAAUGCAAUCGACUCGAACAAGAUGAACUGGUUUUCUUCCUCUCGGCUGGUAGAUUCACCUUGGAGUGAUCUUGGCAAAGAACCCAAAAAUUUCUUCACGAUCAAAGGAGACACAGCCCACAACCGGCACUUUCUUAUCAACCGUAGCUACGGCGGAUGUCCAAUGGAUUUUGGUUGGCUUGUGACUGGGCAAUUGUGGCAUUGCAAAUGGGAGCAGGGCUAUAAAAAAGCGGCUUUCCUUUAUAGCAAGAUCGGGACGCAUACUAAUUGGAACAAACAUGAAAACGUAGGCAGUGCUGAUGUGUUUACUGUUUUUGUGCGAAGAACUUGCGAUUGCUUUGUUGUGCUGCGAGUGUUAAAACCUCUGAUCUAUUCAAGCAGACACACUACACACUGCUUAACUGUUCGGUAUUGCUUACUGUUAGUAAUUCUCCGAAUUUUACUGCGCUCAUCCGAAAUGAAACGCCAUCUCCUGAUUCUAUUCUUGGCCUUGAUGGCUAUUUCAGCUGAUCUGGUGUCGGGGCACGGUGCUACUAACUCCUCGUGCGAUCGUAUUCCAAGGGGUUCACGAAGAUUCUACGGACGUAGCCCCAAUAUGCCUGGGAAAUCAUGCAUGGAUAUUUUGAACAAAAACCUUUCUAUUCGUAACAAUGGCAUCUACUGGAUCAAGCUUAACGGUUACUCGGCGUUUCCGGUUUUUUGUGACAUGAAAGACGGAGGUUGGACAAUGGUGUUGAAGUUGGUAAGUGGCAGUGGGGAAGAUGUGGCUGAUUUAUGGGAGGCGCCCUUUGCCAUUCGUGAGUUUGACCAGCGGCUGCUUCACCUUAUGCCUGUCCACAACUGGCCUUACAAGAAUAAAAUUGUGCGUCAGUGGAACGUCUUCAAACCCGAGGAGGCGCGUGUUGUGUUGUACAAACGUGGUGCAAAGGUCCUGACUGUUGGCUUCAAUGCAAUCGACUCGAACAAGAUGAACUGGUUUUCUUCCUCUCGGCUGGUAGAUUCACCUUGGAGUGAUCUUGGCAAAGAACCCAAAAAUUUCUUCUCGAUCAAAGGACACACAGCCGACAACCGAAACUUUUUUAUCAACCGUAGCUACGGCGGAUGUCCAAUGGAUUUUGGUUGGCUUGUGACUGGGCAAUUGUGGCAUUGCAAAUGGGAGCAGGGCUAUAAAAAAGCGGCUUUCCUUUAUAGCAAGAUCGGGACGCAUACUAAUUGGAACAAACAUGAAAACGUCGGCAGUGCUGAUGUGUUUACUGUUUUUGUGCGAUAAUAAGAACUUGGACAUUUGAAAAGAAAUUUUUCAUCACAGGGGCAACGAUCUUGGAUAGAAUAGUGGUAAUUAAACAAUAAAACCAUAACGAUAAAGUAAGAAUAAAAUUGAGAACUUUGAUUCAAA